UGGAAAGGGGGAGAGAAGGCUCGGUAUGAGAGAGUGGGAGCGGGGUGAGGAAAGGCAUCCAGGAAGUUUCCUGCACCUUCCACCAGCAAAUAUCCAGCCACCCACAUUAGCUUCAUUAUGGUCUAUAAAUUCUCAGCUUCACUUCAUAUCUCUUCUCAUAACUAGUAACAUAGCCCUUUUUUGUUGUAGUUCAGCUCUUCAUUGGAUCCGUUUUAGUUUGACCACAGAUUAAGGAAGCCGUUAAGACAAGUCUUUUUUUGCAUCUCCUUCUCCGUGCCGAUCACAUCAAUUUGAGUGGUUGCCUCUGUUCAUCAGGUCCAUUUCAAGAAAAAGCUGCCUGUGGUCCUUUCCCGGGACCUUUCUGUGGUCUCUCAUAGUAAAGGAUUCGAACAUCUCUUAUAUCUUUCCAUACCAAAAUCCAUAAAUCCUCGGCAGAUCUUGGAGCUAUUUCCUGCAUAGCUCUCUCCUUCCUCUACUAGUGCUUUUUCUCAGCAUAUCUUUAAGACGUUUUGAACCACGAUGGGAGGCACCUUGGAGUACUUUUCUGGCUUGCUGGGCAGUGGUCACAAACACAAGAAGAAGAAGCAGUUGCAGACUGUGGAGCUCAAGGUCAGGAUGGACUGCGAGGGCUGUGAACUUAAGGUCAAGAAAGCCCUUUCCUCCAUGAAAGGAGUUCAAUCAGUAGACAUAAACAGGAAGCAGCACAAGGUGACUGUGGUUGGCUAUGUUGAACCGAAUAAGGUCUUAAAGAAGGCUCAGUCCACAGGGAAGAAGGCUGAGAUCUGGCCUUAUGUUCCUUAUAACUUGGUCACCCAUCCUUAUGCUGCAGGGGCCUAUGACAAGAAGGCUCCUCCAGGCUAUGUUAGGAAUGUGGAGUCUGUUGCAAUAUCAUCCAGCCAAGCCAGCAAACAGGAUGACCAGAUCACCAACAUGUUCAGUGAUGACAAUCCAAACUCCUGCUCUAUCAUGUAAAGAGAUCAUAUAUGUCUAAGCUCCUGCUAUUCUAGAUCAUAUUAGAGAAGAAACGAGGGAAAGAAGUUCGACAGAUGAUAUCUUAUAUACAUAUAUAUAUAUGUAGUUUGUUCUUUUAAUUGAAUUAUGGAGGCUUGGAAGAGAGUUGCAGCUUUAGGAGCAGGGGAAGGGGUUUCUGCCUGUUGUCUCUCUUUAGUACUUUCUUAAAAGAGUUUGUUAUAGUUAAAUGUAUCUAUGCUACUAUUCAAUAUAGAACAUAGACAAGUCUCUGUUGGGUCCAGUAGGAAAUGAGGUGUGGGUUGUUAGAUGACAGCUAUGUAUUACCUAAUGAGAUCAUCUGUCCUUGAGCAAUGUGGUUG